UAAAAAAUUUAAAAAACAGAAGCAAACCCCCAAAAACCAAUAUCUAACCUACAAAUGUAUGACUUUUCAUAGAACAGUUUCAGUGUUGAUUCAUUUGGGAAAGUAAUGGUAUCAUAAAGAUCCAGAUUCUUUCUCUCCCUUUCCUCCAUCCUCCUUAGCAGCAUGACCUCUGUCUCUGCACCUUUGUGUCUCAACAUCAGGCGAAUCAGUAUGUGGGUUCUAAGUGUCCAGAGAGCCACUGCCAUGCCAGGGCAGCAGGCCGUACCGUCCCGGGGCCUCGAAGAGACGGACAGCUUUGCCAUCAUACCCACUAAACCCGACGGAAUGGAUUUGCCAGCUCAGCUUACCUUUAGCUGCUCCCUCCAGACGUCCCAGAAUCACGCCGUGACCACAUGGAGAGGGCCGUCCAGCCGCAGGGCCCUGAACUCUUGCUUCAUUCACUUCACGGUAGAUCCACCUCUGGGUUUACAGGGAAGCCAGGCAGGGCUGGUCGGUGGACUGGAUGUGACAAGUGUUCUCGCGGCUUCCUGCUGGGACCAGGCUCUGGCGGACGCUCCUUCCAGGCCCUGCCGAGCCCCACCAGACAGCCGACAGCCGACAGCCGGGUCCUGCGCUCACACAGGCAGCCUCAGCCUCUCCCCGGAGGCCAGACUCGGUCCUGUCCCCAGGAAGCGAAUUCCUGGCUUCCGGCACAGCUUCUUCAACUUGGCUUCCGUCUCUUUGUGGAUUUCCUCCUCCAGCCAGUCGGCCUGUAUCACUUUCCACUGGAUUGCGUAA